GCGGGAGCCGGUUUAGGACAAGACGACUGGCCUGGAGGGUCGGGGGCCCAGUUCGGAAUUGAUGUGGAGCCCGAGUUAUUUUCGGGGACAGGCAGGGUGUAAUUAAUUAUAUAUCAGGGCAUAGGUCGCUGUACCGACAUGGAGACCGUUCGCCAGUGAAGACAUAUCCCAAGGAUCCCUAUCAGGAAGAGGAGUGGCCCCAGGGGUUUGGUCAGCUAACUAAGGAGGGGAUGCUACAGCAUUGGGAGCUGGGCCAGGCUCUGCGGCAACGCUACCAUGGCUUUCUCAACACCUCUUACCACCGGCAAGAGGUUUAUGUGCGAAGCACAGACUUUGACCGUACGCUCAUGAGUGCUGAGGCCAACCUGGCCGGACUCUUCCCUCCCAACGGGAUACAGCGCUUCAACCCAAAUAUCUCUUGGCAACCUAUCCCCGUUCACACUGUGCCCAUCACUGAGGAUAGGCUGCUGAAGUUCCCGUUGGGCCCGUGUCCCCGUUACGAGCAGUUACAGAACGAGACCCGACAGACGCCAGAGUAUCAGAAUGAGAUCAUUCAGAAUGCACAAUUUCUGGAUAUGGUGGCCAACGAGACAGGCCUUACAGACCUGACGCUGGAGACCGUCUGGAAUGUCUAUGACACACUCUUCUGCGAGCAAACACACGGGCUGGUCCUGCCGCCCUGGGCCUCUCCCCAGACCAUGCAGCAUCUGAGCCGGCUAAAGGACUUCAGCUUCCGCUUCCUCUUCGGGAUCUACGAGCAGGCAGAGAAGGCCCGGCUUCAGGGGGGAGUCCUGUUGGCUCAGAUACGGAAGAACCUGACCCUCAUGGCAGCCUCUUCCCAACUCCCUAAGCUGCUGGUUUACUCUGCGCACGACACCACCCUGGUUGCUCUGCAAAUGGCACUGGAUGUCUACAAUGGGGAACAAGCCCCCUACGCCUCCUGCCACAUAUUUGAACUGUACCAGGAAGAUAAUGGGAAUUUCUCAGUGGAGAUGUACUUUCGGAAUGAGAGUAACAAGGCUCCCUGGCCGCUGAUCCUGCCUGGCUGCCCUCACCGCUGCCCCCUGCAGGACUUCCUUCACCUCACAGAGCCCGUUGUGCCCAAGGAUUGGCAGCAAGAAUGCCAGCUGGCAAGCGGGCCUGCAGACACGGAGGUGAUCGUGGCCUUGGCUGUAUGCGGCUCCAUCCUCUUCCUUCUCAUAGUGCUGCUCCUCACUGUACUCUUCCGGAUGCAGGCCCAGCCUCCGGGCUACCGCCAUGUCGCAGAUGGGGAGGAUCAUGCCUGACAACCACUCAGCCCCCUUCCCUCUGCCUCCUAGGGGAGGUGGGCUGGGCCCUUGCUCCUGACUAUUGCUGCUCCCCAGCCCAUGGACAGGAGACCCUGGGUUGGCCUCCCUCUGAUUACCCUAACCUAGAUGAACAAGUGGGGCUCGGCUUGGCCCAUGGCACCUGUCGCUCAGCAUUCGUGUGCCUCCUGUUUACCAAGUACUAUGUUGGACUUUGGCUUUCUCCAAACAAGACUUGCCUCCGCCAUGCUUCCGAAGGACUAGAAGUGUAGACAAGUAUCCAAGUUUCACUCAGGACCUGGGAUUGAAAAACUGAAGGAGUUGGUGCUUGAUCGCCUUGCCCCCGCCAAUCAAGCCUUGCUCUCUCUUCCAGCUUGGAGUCUUUGGCAAAUGGUUCAGGGGACACA